CGAGCAGGCGAAGAAAAUCAAUUUCUCUAUUUUGAUUGGACCAAGUGUGACGUCGUCCACAGACGUAACACCCGGAAGAAUGACAAAUGUUUAUCGCUUAGGUUUCGGCGCACACCACAGACCAAAAUGGCCUCAUACUUUGAUGAACAUGACUGUGAGCCCACCAACCCCGAGGAGCAAUAUCGUCAGAAUGCUCUACUGGAACUGGCAAGGUCUUUAAUGCAGGGUUUGGACCUGAUUGACUCCGGGGCGUUCGACCUGUCAGACUGGGACCAGCGGCUUCCUCCCCCGGCUGCCAAAGCUGCAGUUCAAACCCUCACAGUAGUUGUCAUUUCCGCAGAACAAGCAGACAGAGGUCUGAAGUGUCCUGUGUGUUUGCUGGAAUUCGAGGAACAAGAGACGGUUCGAGAAAUGCCUUGCAAACACCUCUUCCACUCAGGAUGUAUACUACCUUGGCUGGGCAAGACUAACUCCUGUCCACUUUGUCGACUUGAAUUACCGACUGACAAUCCAGAGUAUGAGGAGUUUAAAAAGGACAAGGAGAGACGAAAACAGAGGGAGCACCGACUGGAGGACCUGCACGGAGCCAUGUACACUUGAUGAAAGUGGACUGAAGGUGUUCCCCUCCCUGCAUGCUUCAAUACCACCAAGCUGCAUUCAUACUUCUGUAGAGACACCAGUUCUACAAAGAUAGAAUCCUGUUUGAUGUACUGAGAGCGUUUUAUUACCUACUAUAUUUAGUUGACAAAAAAACAGAAACCUCUUGGCAGAAUCCCCACAACAGCCACCAACCUCACUGGAUGCUGCAUUUUGUUAAAGUUAAGUUUUAUUAAAUUAUUUCAAAUUUCACCCAAAUCUGUUUAUAAUACUUUAGGUCAAUUUUAUCGAUAUGAGCACCUUGGAACGUUGUGGUGACUCCAGCUAGACUAACAGUGGGCAGUGGGAACAUGAUAAUGAAACAUUUGAGAUGCUCUUUGUUUGAACUCGCUUGAUGUUUUCAAAUGGAGCCGAUUGCAGCACUGAACACUCUGACUCUUCAUUCCUUUUUUUAUUUAAAUUUACAAACGUCUAAUGUGCAUAGAAGCUAUCAAGUCAAUGAGAAAUGUUUAGGAAGAUGAAACGAUCAGUGACUAUUUGUUAAAUAUAAAACAAUAAUGUUUAAACUUUGAAAACCUCUUUUUUUACAGCUGUAUUUGUUUUGGAAAUAAAUCUGGACAUAUGCUGAAAAGGAAAAA